CCCAGUGCCCGAGCCAUGGCACUGCCUCGGACGCUGGGGGAGCUGCAGCUGUACCGGGUCCUGCAGCGCGCCAAUCUCCUUUCCUACUAUGAGACCUUCAUCCAGCAGGGAGGGGACGACGUACAGCAGCUGUGUGAGGCGGGUGAGGAGGAGUUUCUGGAGAUCAUGGCACUCGUGGGCAUGGCCACCAAGCCCCUUCAUGUCCGACGCCUGCAGAAGGCUCUGAGAGAAUGGGCCACCAAUCCAGGGCUCUUCAGCCAACCAGUGCCUGCCGUCCCUGUCUCCAGCAUCCCGCUCUUCAAGAUCUCUGAGACCGCGGGUACCCGGAAAGGGAGCAUGAGCAAUGGGCACGGCAGCCCAGGGGAAAAGGCAGGCAGUGCCCGCAGUUUUAGCCCCAAGAGCCCCCUUGAACUUGGAGAGAAGCUGUCACCACUGCCUGGGGGACCUGGGGCAGGGGAUCCCCGGAUCUGGCCAGGCCGGAGCACCCCAGAGUCGGACGUUGGGGCAGGAGGAGAAGAGGAGGCUGGCUCGCCCCCCUUCUCCCCACCUGCAGGGGGAGGAGUCCCUGAGGGGACUGGGGCUGGGGGGCUGGCAGCAGGUGGGACUGGGGGUGGCCCCGACCGACUGGAGCCAGAGAUGGUGCGCAUGGUGGUGGAGAGCGUGGAGAGGAUCUUCCGGAGCUUCCCAAGGGGGGAUGCUGGGGAGGUUACAUCCCUGCUGAAGCUGAAUAAGAAACUGGCACGGAGCGUGGGGCACAUCUUUGAGAUGGACGAUAAUGACAGCCAGAAGGAAGAGGAGAUCCGCAAAUACAGCAUUAUCUACGGCCGCUUCGACUCCAAGCGGCGGGAGGGAAAGCAGCUCAGUCUGCACGAGCUGACCAUCAACGAGGCUGCUGCCCAGUUCUGCAUGAGGGACAACACACUCUUAUUGCGAAGAGUGGAGCUCUUCUCUUUGUCUCGCCAAGUGGCCCGAGAGAGCACCUACUUGUCCUCUUUGAAGGGCUCCAGGCUCCACUCUGAAGAACUGGGAGGUCCCCCACUGAAGAAGCUGAAACAGGAGGUUGGAGAACAGAGUCACCCUGAAAUUCAGCAGCCUCCCCCAGGCCCUGAGUCCUAUGCACCCUCUUACCGUCCCAGCCUGGAGGAAGACAGUGCCAGCCUGUCUGGGGAGAGUCUAGAUGGACACUUGCAGGAAUUCGAGGAAGGGCUGCUGGACCGAUGCCCUGCCCCGGGACCCCAUCCCGCUCUGGUGGAGGGUCGCAGGAGCAGCGUGAAGGUGGAGGCUGAGGCUAGCCGGCAGUGAGGGGUGGACUGGCGUCCUCAGACCCGGGACCCCAGACUUCUGGCUCACACAGGCCCCCACAUUCUCCAUUCCCGGAAUCUAGUCACAACCCUGGAUCCUUUCGCUACCCUUCUCCUGCCUCCCCAUCUGCCCCAUGGGCAUAAGACUAUGGGGCUUCAAGCAAUAACGAAGCAGGGGCCUGGCGAGAGGACACAAGGAGGGUGCGUGGUGCCCCCUCACCCCUGCCCAGGCUGAGGGGGCAAGGACUCUGCCUCCAGGGCACCAGGGGUUCUCCCCCCCACACACACAACACACUCCCAUUCUCUCUAGGUUUGCACCAGAGGUGUGAACAGUUGGACUCAGUUUGGACAUGGGGGAAGGGGGACUCCCCUGGGAAGGUCCAGCAACUAAAAAUGGCCACAUUUCCCCCAGAACUGGGGGCCUGGGAACACUGGACCUGCUCCUCCUCCCCUCUCCUUCCCCAUUUUUGUGCUUUGAGUUUGUUUCUUUAAUUUAAGGAGUGCUGCAGUUUGCCCUCCCAUCCCCAUCUCUCCCCCAAGUCCUCAGCAAUUCUUCCCCUCCUGUCCUGGGGGGAGGGGGCGGAUGUGGGAUCCCUUCACCGGCUCCCUAGGGAGGCCUGGGUUGGACUCAGGGUCCCCUCUGGUCGGAGGCUGGACCGCAGCACCUAUCUGAGCAGUUAGAGCGUCUUUCUUUUCAAAUUGUGUACAGUAGAUUAUUUAUUUUGUUAUUUUGGAAUAAAAUUUAUUUUAUGGCUUAGGA